AUGGGGAGUUUACCCGAACUCUCACAAGAGGGGGGCGGCGCGAGUUCUGACUCAGCGCGUGUUCCUUCUCUCGGCACGCAAAAGGAGGGGAGUUCCACAGUUACCGGCACUUUGGCGUCCCAUCAGGGGUAUGGGAAACGCGUCACUGGAUGCUUUGCCUCGCUUCUUGGCAAAGUGAUACCGCAUGGCGGGAUUCUCUCCAACAGCUUUAGUCUCGCUUCGGCGUCUCUGGGUGCUGGCGUCAUCACGUUGCCAUGGGCCUUUCAUGCUUCUGGAGUCUUGAUGGGGACGAUUUACAUUGUGCUCAUGACGAUAUUCACGGUGUACACGGUGACCAUUUUGGGCUAUGUGAUGGAGAAAACGGGUUAUCGUGCCUUUGAACAAAUGUCAAGAGGUAUUUUGGGGAAAGGCGCCGAUUAUUUUAUGGCUGUUGUCAUGGGUCUGAGUUGCUUUGGUGCGGCCGUCGCAUACGUCAUCGCGGCGGGGACUCUAAUGACUCCAAUAUUGCGACAUUUUUCAGGAAUCCCGGAAUUUUUGAGGAGUGAUUCUGGCAUACGUGUGAUGACGUGUGCAGUGUGGCUUUUGGGAAUGCUUCCGCUGGUAAUCCCGAAGGAGGUGAAUACAUUGCGUUACUUUUCUGCGAUUGGAGUUGCGUUUGUGGUUUACUUUGCCGUUCUUAUUGUGGUCCAUGCCUGCAACAAUGGACUCCCAAAGCGAUCGGAGAUGCGGCUUGUUUCAAGCGGAAACGUUGCUAUGGAGGGGAUUGGCGCCUUUGUCUUUGCGUACUUGUGCCACGCUGUCGCAUUUCCGGCGUAUUUCGAGAUGAAGGUGCGGAGUACGAGGCAACUGCUACUCAGCGCGGCGCUUAGUAUGACAGCCUGCUCCGUUGUAUAUUGGACAACGGGUUUUUUUGGGUACAUGGAGUUUGGGAAAGGCGUUGCGGAGUCCGUCCUCUACAUGUUUGACCCCGUCGCUGAGCCUUUGAUGAUGGUGGCGUACGUGGGACUUAUCGUUAAGCUGUGUGUGUCGUACGCGCUAAAUAUGAUUCCCUGCCGAAACACGGUGUACUAUAUCUUGGGCUGGGACAUUAAUGCUCUACCGUACUGGAAGCACAUCGCAACCGUAACUCUUAUCUCCGCUUUUGUGCUUCUUUGUGGUUUAUUUAUCCCACGAAUCAGCACCGCAUUUGAUCUAGCAGGGGCGCUGUGUGGUGGAUUCAUAGGCUUUAUUUAUCCGGCGUUGUUUUACAUGUACUCUGGUGGAUGGACUUUGAGGAAUGUCGGCUGGUUCCACUACACCAUGACGUACAUCUCCCUCAUUGCAGGCGUGAUUUCUGUUGUCUUUGGCACAGGCGCAACAAUCUACUCCACAUUUGCCUGA